AUGAUUGAAGGCGAUCGGGAACUUUCAGCUAUGAUUCAGGAGCUCUGGGACAAUGAUAUCAAUCGGCUGAGACCUGGGAUUGAUUAUCGCAUAUCUCUGCAGGGCAAAGCGGGUGAUCUGGCAGGUUUCGCCGAUGACAAUGAUGGAGCAGGACUGCCUUUGUUCACGUUUGUUGACGAAAACAUUUUCAAAAAGGAGACUUUCUUGGAAUCUCGUUCGCAGCCGGAUGAGAACAAGCACAUUGUGGCUCUGCAGUUCAGCUGGAAGAAUGGAAUCAAGCCCAAAGGAAGCAUCUUCAUCGGUGUGAGCCCAGAGUUUGAGUUUGCUCUGUACACUCUGUGUUUCCUCACGUCUCCAAACGAGCGAGUCAAAGUCUCCUUCAGCGUCUACGAGGUGGAGAUCGUCUGUCACCACUACAACCAGAAGCACAUCGGCACCACCUAUCCUGUGCUCGUCAAAUACCUCAAUACAUAA